CUCACGUUACACUCAUACCAUUUACCUAUAAAAAGUUCUUUUUUUUUUCUGGCUUUGCACAUAAAUACCUUUCAGCUUCUUGCCCUCUCUAAUUUAAUCAUGACCGCCGAUAAGCCAGUAGAGGGUUCUGCCCCUGAGACCUUGGGCCAAUCAAUUGAAAACACCGCUGAAACCAUGGUUGACGCUGUCACUAAGAAACUGUCUCAAUCAAACCAAUCUAGCGACGGCAUUCCUCGUACGUCCAUCGAGGGAACCAGUGAACACAAGAUCGCUGACGACGUUGGCAUGGUUGGAAUGGGGGCACAUAAGAUGGUGGGAUCGGAUGCCAUGACCCAAAUGUUGGGUCAGGAAGCCCAAGAACCCAGACAGCAGUGCAUGCUUUUCCCGACGUAUGGAGUACCCACCACUAUCGACGACCAGCUGCACUGGAAAAUCAGUGUUGCUGGAUGGCUCUAUGCCGAUCCGCCAAAGAGCCGGAUGGAAAGCUUUUUAAUGGCCGCUGCUCGUCGAAUUGCACAUGUGACAAGCGAUUCAGAAGAAGACAAAAGGCUUCAAGAGCGUAGCAAGAUGUUUUUCACCACCACCAUUCGAAACAUCGAGCUUGCUAUCCGAACGGUGGGAUUCGUACCCGCUUUAGGCCAAGCUUUCACACUUGAGGGCCCUGAAUUUGGCAACCAACUCACGGCUGAAAACGUGGAAGACGAUGGUGUCAAAGUCAGUACGGGAGAAACCGGUCAUUUUACUUCGGAAUUGACCGUCAGCGCCAAUACAAUCAAGGAAGAGGCAGGCAAAGUGCUCAAGAUACAAACCGUCUAUGAACAACUUGCAUUUCCUUCAUACGGCGUGGUGGAUUUAAUUUCUGAGCACGGCAUUUCCAUUGUCAGUGAUAUUGAUGAUACUAUCAAGAUCACAGAUAUCCCUGACGGCCGUGAAGUUAUUCUCGAAAACACCUUUUUGAACCCUACGAGGGAGGUCGAUGGUAUGUCUGAGCUGUAUCGACAAUGGGCUGGUUUGGGCGCUCAUGUCCAUUAUGUGUCCAACGGCCCAUGGCAGUUGUUCCCAAUGCUUUCUGACUUCUUUGCCAAGUUCAACUUCCCACCCGGCUCGGCUCAUUUGCGCAUCAUCGACCGCAAUGAUGUUAUUGGUACCAUUAGAGGAACACCCGGUGCCCACAAGCUGGAAGUUAUACCCCAAAUUAUGAACGAUUUCCCCAAUCGUAAAUUCAUUCUUGUUGGAGACACUGGUGAAUUGGAUCCAGAAGUCUACCAGAAAGUAUAUCAGCAAUUCCCUGAUCGAAUUGUCAAAGUAUUUAUUCACGACGUUACCAGCGAGCGAGCGGCAAAGGCCGAUCUCGCAGCAGAGCAAGCGAAGAAGGAAGCUGCUACCAAAGGCACCAAAAAGGUGUAUCUGGAGUCUCUCCGUGAGGCCAUUGGUUUGCAUGCAACCGUGACUGGCGAAGCUCAUAUUUCCAACAGUGCCGUAGAUGCGGUCACGAACACGGAACAACCUCCGGUGCAAGAAGCGUCGAAUGACCCCAAUGUUCCACAGCUUACCAGAGUGGAAUUAUUUAACCAGCGUAUCGCCAAGGUUAGCGAGGGUAUGCGCGAAGGUGUAUUCAAGCUGUACAAGGAUCCCAAGGAGAUCUAUGAGGAUACCGUAGUGGUCGCCGCUUUUAAUGAGCUGGCCAAGUAGAGUAUAUUUAUGGCGUAACUUUUUUUUUUUUUUAUUAUAUGUAAUCUAUAUAUCAGCAUAUUACAUUGGCAGUACGUAGAUGAUAUUCACGUAAAUAAGUUCGUUCUCUUGAGUCACUGCGGUACGUGAGUGGAGCACGUUUAAACAGUCGCCAUUUUCAACACGAAGGCACAAUUC